CAACCACAACCCAAACAAGAUGAAAGUGUUCGCUCUAACUUUGCUCAGCCUGGCGGCCUUGGCGCAGGCACGCAUCGACUACAAGCUGCAGUGCACCCGUGAGGAGGUGGGCAUACGCUGGCCCAGCUACUUCAGCAACUCGGAGUACUAUGUCUGCCAGGGCAUCUAUGGCAAUCAGCUGACCGUGCACUGUCCGCCCGGUGAGGUCUUCACCUUUGUGCUGCAGCAGUGCGCCUCGCCGGCGCUGUAUGUGCCAGCACCACCCAUGGAUGUGCUGCCCACCGAUGCGCCCAUUACCACGCACGUUGUCAACGAGGAGCCUCCAGUGAUGGCCCCAGCUGGACCCAGUCAUGUGUUCAACCAUGAGCCCGCCGUGGUGCACGAGUCGGAGCAGCCGCACAUUGUUCAUGCCUCGCCACUCGAUCCCACACCUCCCACACCACCCACCGAGCCACCCACGCCACCCACCGUUGCGGUCGAAGCUCCCAAGCCUGGCAAGAAACCCGUCGCCCCACAGCCCCACAAGAAACAAAGCCCACUUACCGCACCUGCGAAGGCCGCCGCGGCCAAGAAGCCCGCAGCUCCAUCUCCACCCAAGGCCGCCAAGAAGCCAACGCCGCCCAACAAGGCCCAGAAGAAGCCAUCGCCCAAGGCCUAACUCGCCUCCACACCUAUCCACAGAAUCAAUCAACUACUAAAAUUAAUGUUCAGCAAGCGGAAUUUCAUUCAAAACUCUAA